CUGCCGCUGCUAGUGGGCAGGGCCGUUCAGCGGCUGGGGUUUCUUUACGCUUUCAUUAUUUCUAGACCUCAUUUUUUAUUUCUAUACAAGUGAACUAUUUUCAUAUUCAGGACACUGUUCGGUAAGAUUUAAUUUGAUUUGUGUUAGUGUAAGGGACUUUAAAGAUAAUUGUGGCUCUGGGUGUUUAAGAGCAAAUUCACAAGGGAAUAUCAGCGCAAUGAUGGAGGUAGAAUUGUCAAGUGCACAUCGAAUUCAACAGGAUAUGAACUUGAUUGACAUCCUGUGGAGGCAGGACAUUGACCUGGGUGCCGAGCGGGAGGUGUUUGACCUGAGCCUGCGGCAGAAGGAGGAUGAGCUGCGCAGGCAGAGGGAACUGGAGGAGGAGAAUAGGCUGCACCUGCUGAGGGAGCAGGAUAAGGCCUUGCUCGAACAGCUGGAGCUGGACGAGGAGACUGGAGAGUUCAUGCCCUGCCUGCUACCCAGUGAACCAGAGCUGCCCAACACAGAGGGAAACCAGAACACCAUUUUUUCCAAAGUGGAUGGGGAUGCACUUUCAUUUGAUGAGUGCAUGCAGCUUCUCGCAGAGACAUUCCCUUUAGUAGAAACCAUUGAGCUCCCCCAUCCUCCUCCUGCACAUAUCAUGCCCUCCCCUUCCAUUGGCAACAGUAGGCCAGAUAUGCUGACCUCCCAGCAGUCACCUGUGGCCCAGAACCCCAUGCUCUCUGCUCUGCUGGCCCCCCACAAGGCUCCCAUUGCUGUGCCUGCAUCUCUGGAACCAGCCCCUGUGGAUGUGGAGCAGGCCUGGAUGGAGCUGCUCUCCCUGCCUGAGCUCCAGCAGAACUUAAAAAUGCAAGUGUCAGAUAUCCUGGAUCAGAAUGGCUAUACCAGCACAAGCAUGCCCCUAGAUGUGCAGGACCCUAACUACAGCUUGUACUUGCCUGAGCUCCCAGGCUUGGUCACAAACAUUGAUACUACACCACCUGUCCUACUCAUCAACAACUUCAAAGGGAUGGUUCCCCCUGACAACCUCAACCAAAUGACUCUGAAACCCCAGGAGCUCAACACAACCUACACCACAGACAGCCUCUGUAAGCUGUUCUACACUGACCACUCAAACACAAAACCAAGCUCCCCCAUGUUAUCCUAUACUUCCAAUGAGGCCUACCCACAGGAGGAGGUGAGACACAAACCACUGGAACCAUCAGAAAUACAUGUCCCCCAAUUUUCCCUGACAGAUGGACACAGGACUGCUACAGAGUUCCCCGACUCUGACUCCGGUCUGUCAAUGGACAAUGUCAGCUCGCCUAUGAAAUCCCAUCAGGACGAUAGUUCUAUGGGAUACAGCGACUCAGACCUGGAGGAGAUGGACAGCAACCGGUCCGAGUACAGAGAGAUGUUCUCACUGUCUCUCCGUGGAGAGGAACAACAGUCCUCCCCUUACAACACUGGUCCAGUGUCCCAUUUUCCGGCAGACAGCCUACCCUACCCAAAGAGUGAGCUCAUAGAGGGCAACGGCCAUAACCAGCGCCCAUUCACCAAAGACAAGUCGAGAAGACGCUCUGCAGGCUGCCAGUCCCGUCUGUCCAGAGACGAACAGUGGGCCAAGGCCCUGGGGAUCCCCUUUGCUGUGGAGCUCAUUAUCAACCUGCCCGUGGACGACUUCAAUGAGCUCAUGUCCAAGCACCAGCUUAACGAGGUCCAGCUGGUCCUGAUCCGAGACAUCCGCCGACGGGGAAAGAACAAGGUGGCAGCCCAGAACUGCCGCAAGCGCAAGAUGGAGAGCAUCUCAGGCCUGGAGGGGGAGCUUGAAGCACUGUGCGAGAAGAAGGCGCACUUACUCAGGGAGAGUGCCCAGAGGAACGGCAGUCUGAAGGAGCUAAAGGAGCAGCUGGGGAGUCUGUACCUGGAGGUAUUCAGUCGGCUGAGAGAUGAGGAGGGGAAGCCCUACUCUCCCAGUGACUACUCUCUCCAGCAGACCUCCGAUGGCAGCAUGUUCCUUGUGCCUCGUGUUAAAAAGACACUCAAGGGUCAAGACAAAUAGUCUCUUCCAUUGAACUGUUUUCAUUACUUUUUACCUACUCUACAAGACUACCAUGCUCAAAGUUAUAUGCUAGACUAUCAACAUUAUAUAUGUUGCUUAAGGAGUAGUGAAACAGGAGUGUUAUUUUACUUAAUUCCACUUGGUUCAUGCAAUAAUAUUGUCAAUGUUGAAAUCUCUCUCUAUUUUGUACAGCAAUACUUUUUUUGUUCCUGUAAUCAUAGCUAUGCAAAUAGAUUUCUACCCUAUUUGCAAUUGAGACAUGAUGACAUGUGUGUAUGUACAGUUGAAGUCGGAAGUUUACAUACACUUAGGUUGGAGUCAUUAAAACUCGUUUUUCAACCAC